ACGUUGCGGCAUCUGUAGUACAAAAAUCAGUUUGUGGAAAUGUAGUCUGACGUAGAUUCUCAAGCUAACGGACCGAUAUGAUGUAAUUUCUUCAGCGUUUGUGUCUUUUCCCGUUCCACCCGGUGCUGCAGUCAGUCAGUCAGUCACGCAGCGCUCGGAGGACGUCAGAGAGCAGCGGCAGCAGCAGCAGCAGCAUGUGCAUCGACGAAUCUGCGAUAUAGAGUGGUUUAAAACUCUCACUGACGCGCGCGAACGAGUAAAUAACCGUCCGUUUUGAGCGGAGACGCUAGCUAGCGGCACGGAUGGCUUUAUGGGAGGGAAUGGGUUCGCUGUCGUUGGGGGUAAUGGGAUCUGUGCGGUUAUAUGCAGCCCGUCGGUAGGGCACCAGAGUCAGACUGCAACUGAAAACACCGGGAUCUCUCCCCAUCUGCAGCUCAUAAUAUAACCACCGGACAUUCGAGCGUUUGCGUCGCUGUGUUCGGGCUUUCAGGGGGGAUCACACACGUCGGACUGCAGAUGGGCUUUAAUAUCGGUCAAAUGAAGUAAUUUGAAGCCCAUACUUCAGUCCCCGUGUGCAGUCUUGAGCGUGUGAUGAUAGGAGACACAAUGACGCUUUUGUCUCUUUUGGGUCGCAUCAUGCGUUAUUUCUUGCUCAGGCCAGAGACCUUGUUUCUGUUAUGUAUAAGCUUGGCCCUUUGGAGUUACUUCUUCCACACGGAUGAGGUGAAAACCAUCGUUAAGUCCAGCCGGGAUGCCGUGAAGAUGGUGAAGGGAAAAGUGGCGGAGAUGAUGAUGAACGACAGACUCGGCGGUCUGGACGUGCUGGACGCGGAGUUCUCCAAGACAUGGGAGUUCAAGAACAACAAUGUAGCGGUGUACUCGAUACAGGGCCGAAGAGACCACAUGGAGGACCGCUUUGAGGUCCUUACCGACCUGGUGAACAGGAGCCACCCUUCAAUCUUUGCCAUUUUUGACGGACACGGCGGGGAGGCCGCUGCUGAUUAUGUGAAGGCCCACCUACCCGAGGCUCUGAAACAGCAGCUGCAGGCCUACGAGCGGGAAAAGAAAGACAGCCCUCUCUCCUAUCCCGCCAUCCUUGAGCAGCGCAUUCUGACUGUGGACCGGGACAUGGUGGAAAAGUUCUCUGCCUCCCAUGAUGAAGCAGGCACAACAUGUUUGAUCGCCUUGUUGUCAGACCGUGAACUGACUGUGGCAAAUGUUGGAGACUCUCGCGGCGUUCUCUGCGACAAGGACGGCAACGCUGUGGCCUUGUCACAUGAUCACAAGCCUUAUCAGCUGAAGGAGCGCAAGAGGAUCAAGAGAGCCGGUGGCUUCAUCAGUUUUAAUGGUUCUUGGCGUGUGCAAGGCAUCCUCGCCAUGUCGCGCUCACUCGGUGACUACCCUCUGAAGAACUUGAACGUGGUCAUCCCAGACCCAGAUAUCUUGACCUUUGACCUGGACAAGCUACAGCCGGAGUUCAUGAUCCUUGCCUCCGACGGCCUGUGGGAUGCGUUCAGCAACGAGGAGGCCGUACGCUUUGUGCGCGAACGCUUGGAUGAGCCGCACUUCGGUGCCAAGAGCAUCGUGCUGCAGUCGUUCUACCGCGGUUGCCCCGACAACAUCACUGUCAUGGUGGUCAAGUUCAAGAGCAGCUCUGGGACAAAAACUGGAGAGUAGUUUUACUCAACCAAUAAACAGCCUUGAUUGUCUUUCCAUUAAUGCAUAUUGCCAGAGGAUAGAUGGUGUAAUGUAAGAGACAAACCUUUUUUCUCACAAUUACAAUAAACAGGCACACAUAAGCAUGUGCAAACACAUGCAUUCCCAGAUUUUUUUUUUUUUUUUUUUUCUUUUUUUUUUUUUUGGUAUGUGUGCCAAAUGGACACUUUAAAAAUUAUUUUGAAAUGACUCCUUUUUCAAAUCAUUACACUGUAAAGAUGAUGUAUCCUGGCCUUCCUUAUAUAGAGCAAUAUUAUUUGUGAAACAGCAAUUGGCAAAAAUGGUAGAAGGACUUUAUUGCCUUGAAGAUGCACUCGUAGUAUUUUGUUCAGGAGAACAGAUCAGAACUUUAUUUUUUUGUUGUUUGGAUUGUUUUUCUCCCACUUGUUUUUUUUUUUAAAGGGUGAUGAAAAUGUAUCCAGCUCUUGAAUUUGGAUGUGCAUGAUCCAUUCAUAUCAGUACAGGGUAUUUAUGCCAAUUUACACUGGUGCUGCUCAUCGGUUAGUUUAAAUGAGGGUGGUAUAAGGUUGUGUUAGAUUAAGAAUGUUUGAUUUAACUUUCAUUAAACUUUAUAAUCCGUCUAUGUCCUAAUCAUUAUUGUCAGAAGGAACUCUGAGUCCAAUCAUUCCUGCUCUUUUAAAUCACUGUUUUAAUGAUUUUGUGAAUAUAAAAGUGUCCAGAUUGAAGGCAAUUUUUGUCAUUAUUUUGUGGAGAAUGUUGAAUUAAUACUGGAUUACAGUCCUCAAAUUUCCUCCUAGUUUACUUGGAGGGAAAAAACGAAAUUGGCACCAGCCCCGAUCUACACAAAAGUUGAAUUUCUUGCACUGUGUGAAAUGUAUGUGGGAGAUUAAAGCGAUAAAUAAACCUAACAAGUCAAAGCUGA